AUGGAGGAGCAGCAGCAGAGUCUAGAUAACCUGACCCUGAGCCAGACCCUGCCUCUCAGCCAGGAGUCAUUCCGGCAGCUGUGGGAGAAUGUGUAAGUUGUGCUGUGAUCUUAAAUAACCUCUGAAAUGAUUUAAUCUCCUGAGGAGAAAGGUGGAAUAACCCUUUAUUUGCUUUUGCAGAGCGACUUCCAUGUCCCUGCCUGGUGGGGCGCCUGCAGAGGAGACAUGGCACUCAGAUUCAGUGGAGAUGAUGGUGAGCAUGUCAGCGAACACACUAACGUCACUUUGACUUGAUUCUAAACUGUGUUUUUACGGCGGCAGACUGACUCUUUAAUCCUUCUUCUUUGCAGCUCCUUAAUGAGCCAUCUUUCUCAGCCGGGUUUGACGAAAAUCUUUUCAACCUCCCGGAUGUUUCCGUUAAAGACGGCAUCACGCCCCCAGCCUCAACUGUCCCGGUCACCUCAGACUAUCCGGGGGAUUAUGACUUCCGGCUGCAGUUCCAGAAGUCUGGCACGGCCAAGUCUGUGACCUCCACAGUGAGUGAUCUCUCAGAUGGACUUUGUUAGACUUCAAGAAAAAAACUUUUUAUUGUUCUUUUAAAUGUGUGAAAAUGUUCCUCAAAACUAUUUGUAGGAGAAAAAAAGUUCCAGCAGAAGCAUCUUAAAUCUGUCAUUUAUUCGUUAUAAAGUGUGAAUUUGUGUUUAAUUGCACAUAUUUGAACCGUGUGAACGUUCGACAAGAUUACCCUGCAACCCAGCAUGAGCGGCUCUCAGAGAACAAAAGAAAUCUCAGCAGCUGUUCAGCUCUGAGCUCCAGUUCACCGUCGAACAUUGUUGAGCUCAUAAUCAUUGAAAGUUGUUGCUCUGGGACCUUUUAAAUUCACAAAAUAAAACGCCUUCAUGAGAUUUUCGCAUUUAAAAGUCAAGAUUUAUCAAAGAUUUCCUGAAUGAGACUGUUCUCUCUGGUGUCUGAAGAUUUAAUCAUCUCUAAAAUAAUUCAAAGUAAUAAAAAAUCGAAACAUUUUUAUUAAAAAGUGAAAAAUGUCUUACCUUAAGUUUGCGUUAAAAAUCCAUUCAUAGUUUCUCUUACGUGGCGCUCAUGUGGAAUCUUAUUCAUUCUGGCGAUUCGCUAAAUUUUAAAGUCUAAGGCCAGGCACUGCGUUUGAGGAGCCAAUAGCGUUCAUGUUUCCACGGUGACUCACCCAGCAGCGUGCCGCAGUUGGCCAGUUUAGCUGAAGUUAGUUUGGUCUGCCCUGAAACCCCCGCCCUCCUGCGAGCUCUGCUCUGAUCUGUGGGAGCGGUGCAGGCUGGUUGUAAAGCGCAGCUCUGACAUGACGGGACAUGUUCCUGCACGGUCGUCCUCCAGCACAGGAAGGGUUAAAAGGGAAGACAGCGAGGUGAAAAUGGUCUUUAAAUCUGACAGUCAUGGAAGUUUAGAUGUAGUUUGUUUCAGGUUAAAGGAGAAGAUUGGAGUUAUUUGAUAGAAAAUCAGGACUCAAGAUUUAGUGAUCUGAUUUCUUAAAGCGGAUCUCAGACCGGUAUUUGAGCACAAGGACGGAUUUAAAGCUCCAGGCUAACAUGAACUUUCCUCUGUCUUCUCGUCAGUAUUCGGAAAUCUUGAACAAGCUGUAUUGUCAACUCGACAAGACCAACCCGGUUGAAGUUCUGGUGGGCAAAGAGCCUCCAGCGGGGGCCGUCCUGAGGGCCACGGCGGUCUACAAGAAGACGGAGCAUGUGGCCGAAGUGGUCCGAAGAUGCCCUCACCAUCAGAACGAGGAAGCUAGUAAGGAAGAUGUUUCUGUGGAUAACUUAAUCCUCUUUAUGAUCGGAGACCUGUUGAUUUUAAAUCCUUUUUUUUUUUUCAAUUUUCUUUCAUUCAGCGGCGGAAAACCGUAGUCAUUUGAUCAGAGUGGAGGGCAGCGAGAGAGCGCUGUACCACGAGGACAUCCACACCAAGAGGCAGAGCGUGACCGUUCCCUACGAACCACCGCAGGUAACACCGCCGUACUCACUCUGUCUGAGGCGCAGCAUGCUUGUCUUUUCAACAUUUAUUAAACUAUUUUGAGUAGAAAUCGUGUCAAAUGUGGUUAAAAAAAUCCAUUAAAUCCUGGAGGUGUCAGACAAUCAGGGAUUUGUCUCCUAAAUUUAAGAUUAGCCUUUUUCGAUGCUCUGAAAAAAGGACAAGAAGUAAAGGUCAAUAAGUUCCUGUUUGUCUUUUUUCUUUUGCUUCAGCUGGGCUCUGAGAUGACUACCAUCUUGCUCAAGUUCAUGUGCAACAGCUCCUGCAUGGGUGGGAUGAACAGGAGACCCAUCCUUACGAUCCUGACCCUUGAGACCCCAGAGUAAGUAUCCUGGAGUAUAAAGAAGUGUUGAUAAGAGGGGAAAAGGUUCAUAUUUGACUCAUUGUUCUCAGUCGUUAAUUAAAACAUUUCUUUCUCUCUCUCUCUCUGAAGAGGGCAUGUCCUGGGUCGGAGGUGCUUCGAGGUGCGUGUCUGCGCAUGUCCAGGCAGGGACCGAAAGACUGAGGAGGAGAAUCACGGCAAAGCCAAGACUGAAGCCAAACCGAUCAAGAAGAGAAGUGCGUUUGUCUUUAUCUUUUAAGCUUUGUGAGUGACUGUUGAUUACUUCUUUUUUUUUUCUAACCUGUCUUUUAUUCAUCCAGAGAGCGCUCCAGCACCAGAUCCUUCAUCGUUUAAGAGGACCAAGUCGGCAUCGAGCGCGGAGGAGGAUGACAAGGAGACGUUCGUCCUCCAUGUAAGUAAAAAAGUCUGCGCCGAAGGUUGAGAUGUUUUGAAAUGUGACCAUGUUGUCAUCUGAUGAAUGUGCGGUCUGUUCCUGCAGGUGCGUGGAAAAGAGCGCUUUGAGAUGCUAAAGAAAAUAAACGAUGGGUUAGAGCUGCUGGACAAAGAGAAGUAAGAAAACUAUCUCGAUGUUGUCUGGAAAUGAAUAAUUCAGGAGUGUUUGUAUUUCAAACUCCUAACACUCACUUUUUUCUGCUUUACAUCGACUCCAGGGCAAAGACCAAGUCCUCCAACAAAGAGCCCCUCCCCCUCCCCUCCAGUGGAAAGAGGCUGCUGCGAAAAGAAGAGCGGAGCGAGAGCGACUGA